CGCUCACGAGACAUCUUGCAGUAGUCGUCCAUCUCCCGUCUCCUUCCAGGAUCAGCUUUCGAUAGUCUUCUUUUUACUUUUUAUUGUACGUGCAGCCUGGAUAUUACUGGCAAACAAAGACAACCAGUCACCGACGACGCAUUCCUCGGGCCUUGCGCAACCCCCCCAGGUCUCACUUUUAGCUGGCCCUUUACAUCGCCGAAAAUCCAAAUACAUGCGAAUGGACCGAGCUAGAUCAGAUCAUGUCGAGAUCCUCGAGGCUCCCGGCACUCCCUUCUCCAUAUCCUCGUUCUCGGGACCAGCAGUCUAGGCCGGUGCGUUCCUCGGGUUCAAUCAGAACCCCCGCUGUGGCUCCAGGCUCUCCAUCUGCUUUGCCUCCGAUCUCCGAUAUCUUCCCUCACACGCAUCAUCUCGUCAUAACCACUCCUAAACAUGUCUACUCUUGGACGACAGACGGUGUCACCCACCUUUUCACCUCAGGUUCCGAAGGCAUUGUUGCCGCAAAAAAGGCAAAGGAUGGCAGCGGAAUUUUGGCCAUUGCCGACAGCCAAGUCGUGGUGCUGCACGAUACACGUCGAAAAAUGGACGAGAGCUAUCGCUUGAAAGGAGCAGAGGGCCAAGUUCGGCUGCUGGGUUAUGCUGACGAAUCGAAAAGUCUCCUGUUUACUACUUCCUUGCAAAAUUCCGUCCAGACUUACUCAUUAGCUCAGUCCAAGCUGCUGCUGCCAGCCCAAGACCACCCCUCCCCACCAACCAUUUUAGCUCUGUCAUCGCCAGCUCAGCUCUUGCUCUCGGCAUCGGUGAACCCGCCAACCAUCCAUUUGAAGAACCUGACCUUGGGCACGCCGCCGCUAAACUUGCGUCCGAACUGUUCUUCAUCAGCCGUCGUGGUAGCAUCCUUUCAUCCGGAUCGCGCCAAUGUCUUUCUUCUUGCAUUUGCAGAUGGCACGCUUGCCAUGUACGAUGCCACGGCCAUGUUCCGGGGUGACGAGCACCAGGCCAAAAGCGGUGUGUCUGCCGGAAGGAGGAAGAGUCCGGAAGUCUCAGUUAUCAGAAACCUGCAUGCCGCAGGCAUGACGACGGCUCCGGCAGACCCAAAUGGCGUAUUGGAUGGCGCAGCCUUGGGCGGAUACGACCAGGGAACCGGGACUGUCAGCGUCGGUAGUAAAGCGCUUGGUAUUACAGCCGCCUCUUUUGUGCCUGGCUACCGGGCACGUGCCAUCAGCGCAGGCGCCGAUGGAAAGUGUUGCUUGGUAGAUUUUGAGGGGGGCGGAAAAGGGAAGGCCAAACUCAUCAAAUCGUGGCAUCUGCAAGCGCCAGCAACGAGCAUGUCCAUCCUACCCAUGAAUGAGCGACCAUCUUCAGCUUAUCGCUCUGAGACACCGUCUUUUAAGGACAGCGCAAGGUCGACUCCCAGCACCCCUUUUGCUCGCCGCCAGUGUAUUGUCGCCAUUGGGCGGGUCGACGGAAAGGUGCUAUUGUACAAUGCAAUGGGAAGGCUCUUGGCUGAGCAGACCAUCAAUCCGGGAGGGGGGAGAAUCAUUGAAGUCGAUUGGGUACCAGCCUUGGAAGAUGUGACGAAAAGAAGAGGAGGCAGAGAACGAACCCAGAGACAAAUGCUGUCACCGUUCAAGACACCCAGUAAGCCAAAACAACCAGCUACUGGACAGUCCCGCCUGACAACAGGGCCUCGCUCCGGUGUGGGUCAAAACACGACGCCACGGCGACAAGUCAAGUCCAGGAGAAAGAGCUUAGGGUCCUUGCUCGCUGCCGGCCGGCAAGUGCAGGAACAAGUGGUGGACGUGCAUGACGGCAACGACAGUGGCGGCGACAGUGCGUCGGAGCCCAUGACUGCUGUCAAAGUGACACAAGGGAUCGGCGGUCAGUCAGACGGCACGGUUGAUUCCGCUGAUGGUUGGUCUGGGAAUGAUGGGCCAGAGCCGGUUACUUCGGAUUACAUGAGCCUCUUCUCGCCUGUAAAACGCUGGGCUCAGCCAGUUGAGACCAUAAGCAAGAGCCCGUCGCCUUGUGAGACAGAUUAUCCCGAGAAGCUCGAAGGUGGCUUGUCCGCCGACUUGCAGGGCCUCGAAAUUGGCGAGACGGAACUAGACCGCGGUGAUGAGCCCCGUCUCAGGCCAUCGCAUCGCCGAAAGGAUUCGACUUGUCGCCCAGUAAUCCCCGCUAGACACACAUCUCGAAGAUCCCGACGCAUCUCUAUUCGAAGGACCCACGCGUCUCACGAGAAGAAGAACAGUGUGAGCCUUGACGGUGCGAAGAUACUAGCAGAUCUCCGAAAAGUAAGCAACAACGGGCCCGACUCUAACAAUCGCAACCUGUCUCUUUUUGCGCCGUAUAUGCAAAAGAACCUCGUCAAAGACGACAGUACGGCGCCGCUUAAACCUGAUGUACCGGCAUAUGGUGUCCGAGAGUCUCAUGAACCGGUGAUGAAGCCGGAGGAGUCGAGCCGAACAGAAACAGGCGAUUUUGCUGAUAUCUGGCUCACCGAAGCCGAAGGUGAGAAUGCUCAUCCUCCCCGGUCAACGCGGAAAAGAGGAAAGACCUACUCUGGACCAAAACCCGAGCAUCGCCGAACAGUCACAUUUGACUCGCCAGCAUUUCACAGCAGCUUCUCGAUUCACGAGGACCAGGAAUUCACCUCGACAAUUUUGUCCCCUGUUUCGCCCGGUCGGCGCGGACAUUUGACAGAGUCGACUCCUAAUAUCCAAUCUCCUGCAAAGACCCAGUACGACUCUGCACGCCACCCAACUUGCUGUUCACAACUCGAGGCCGAAGUCGCACGGCUACGAGCGGACAUGCAUGAAAUGAAGCUUGAAAUGGAGCGGCAACGCUCCCUGUUUGAAUCGCUCAUUCGUAAUGGUCAAGCCUACAUUUCGAUUCCAGACUCUAGUCUCCUUCACGAGCCCAUGCUUGUUUGAUGAUCCUAUUGACGUCUUUUUCCCUUUUCAGCCCCUUUUAAUUUUUCGAGUCUCGUUGCUUUGGUGUUUUAGCUUCUCCCUGCUAGAUUAAACCUUGUGAUUCUUUCCGCAUCUUCUCUGUAUUAUAUUGACACCAAGCAAUUGGAGCCCUGAUCCUGUGUUUACACCCGCUCGUUGUUCCAAAAGCUUAGACUUUGCAUUAUUUUUGCUACUUUCUCUUCUCCUGUAAAACUCCCUUUUAAUGGUUCCGCUCUCUGAUUCUUACCAGCCGCAAGGCAAAAGUUUAGACUGCUAUGUGGCAUUGGGUGCUCGGUGCUUUAGGCUUCUCAACUCUCUUCUCUUUCUUAUCGUUCCCUUAUCCUUUUCCACUUUUACUGUAUGCUACUUUUCCUUUUCCAUGUCAUAGACCACGAUAUCCAUUGUCGAACAACGAAUUUGUAUCAUAACGCACCUUUACAUUUUCCGCAAUUGCC